GGUUGUCCUCUAAAAUAGGCGGAGCUUGAGAAGUCUUAAGUUAUUUAAGAAGUAAAAGUUUCUUUAUUCCAACACCGUGUGGGAGCUUUGCGAGGAGACAAGAUGUUGAAACUGACUGUAGGCCUCGCUCUGGUGACCCUGGUUGCUUGUUCGCAGUGCCCCAACAAUGAAGUCUGUGAGGCAGGCCAGUCAUGCUGCCAGGAUCCCACCGGAGAGUUCAGCUGCUGCCCUUUCCAUCACGGAGACUGUUGUGAGGACCACAUGCACUGCUGUCCUGAAGGCAUGCUGUGCAGUGUUAUGGACUUCACAUGUAUAAACGCCACACAUACACUGCCAUUGGUGGAGAGGAGACCGGCUAAACAGACAGACUUUCCCAAAUCGUUCAGAAUGAUCCCCUCAUUACCUGUAAGUGAAGACGACAUCACCUGUCCUGACGGCUCUUUCUGUCCUGCUGAGUUCUCCUGUCUGCUGAUGGCUUCAUCUUAUGGAUGUUGUCCAGUAGCACAAGGCCUUGUGUGCUCAGACGGGAAACACUGCUGCCCAAAAGACCAUGAAUGUAGUGCAGACAGCAGUUCAUGUGUCAAACAAAAAGAACAAGUUGAGACUGUUCUUUGUGGAGAUGGGAAUUCAGAGUGUCCUGUGGACACCACGUGUUGUGAGACAGAAGAUGGUCAAUGUGCGUGCUGCCCCUUACCAAGGGCUGUAUGCUGUGAUGAUAAAAUCCACUGUUGCCCAGAGGACAGUGUUUGUGAUGUUGAAGGCAAUAAAUGCAUGUCCUCCACCAAUCAGGAGCUGCCCAUGUGGGCCAAGUUUCCUGCUCGCCUUAGGGCUGAAUGGGAAGAUCACAAACCUGCAGAAAUGAGGGCUGAAGCUGAAGUCACUACAAUCAGACAAAACACUACUGCUGGAAACCCAAUGACUACAUUGCCUGGUGCACUCCCAGAAAACUCAGAUGUUCCCUGUAAUGACACUGCGAGCUGUCCAGAUGGAACCACGUGCUGUAAGACUAAAGAUGGAGGAUGGGCCUGCUGUCCUCUGCCAGAGGCCGUGUGUUGUGAUGACUUCAUCCACUGCUGUCCUCAUGGUAAGACUUGUAACGUUGCUGCCGAGUCAUGUGAUGACCCUUCAGGCUCUUCGCCCUGGCUGGAGAAGGUGCCCGUCCAACCAAUCAGCAGUCAGAACUUGGCUGUUACACAAGUGUCUUCAGUGUAUUCAGAUGUCCCCUGUAAUGACACUGCGAGCUGUCCAGAUGGAACCACGUGCUGUAAGACUAAAGAUGGAGGAUGGGCCUGCUGUCCUCUGCCAGAGGCCGUGUGUUGUGAUGACUUCAUCCACUGCUGUCCUCAUGGUAAGACUUGUAACGUUGCUGCCGAGUCAUGUGAUGACCCUUCAGGCUCUUCGCCCUGGCUGGAGAAGGUGCCCGUCCAACCAAUCAGCAGUCAGAAUUUGGCUGUUACACAAGUGUCUUCAGUGUAUUCAGAUGUUCCCUGUAAUGACACCGCGAGCUGUCCAGAUGGAACCACGUGCUGUAAGACUAAAGAUGGAGGAUGGGGCUGCUGUCCUCUGCCAGAGGCCGUGUGUUGUGACGACUUCACCCACUGCUGUCCUCAUGGUAAGAUAUGUAACGUUGCUACCGGGUCAUGUGAUGACCCUUCAUGUUCUGGUGUGCCCUGGAUGGAGCAGGUGCCCGUCCAACCAGUCAUCAGUCAGAAUCUGAUUGACACACAAAACUCUGAUGUUCCCUGUAAUGACACUGCGAGCUGUCCAGAUGGAACCACGUGCUGUAAGACUAAAGAUGGAGGAUGGGGCUGCUGUCCUCUGCCAGAGGCCGUGUGUUGUGAUGACUUCAUCCACUGCUGUCCUCAUGGUAAGACUUGUAACGUUGCUGCCGAGUCAUGUGAUGACCCUUCAGGCUCUUCGCCCUGGCUGGAGAAGGUGCCCGUCCAACCAAUCAGCAGUCAGAAUUUGGCUGUUACACAAGUGUCUUCAGUGUAUUCAGAUGUCCCCUGUAAUGACACUGCGAGCUGUCCAGAUGGAACCACGUGCUGUAAGACUAAAGAUGGAGGAUGGGCCUGCUGUCCUCUGCCAGAGGCCGUGUGUUGUGAUGACUUCAUCCACUGCUGUCCUCAUGGUAAGACUUGUAACGUUGCUGCCGAGUCAUGUGAUGACCCUUCAGGCUCUUCGCCCUGGCUGGAGAAGGUGCCCGUCCAACCAAUCAGCAGUCAGAACUUGGCUGUUACACAAGUGUCUUCAGUGUAUUCAGAUGUCCCCUGUAAUAACACUGCGAGCUGUCCAGAUGGAACCACGUGCUGUAAGACUAAAGAUGGAGGAUGGGCCUGCUGUCCUCUGCCAGAGGCCGUGUGUUGUGAUGACUUCAUCCACUGCUGUCCUCAUGGUAAGACUUGUAACGUUGCUGCCGAGUCAUGUGAUGACCCUUCAGGCUCUUCGCCCUGGCUGGAGAAGGUGCCUACUCACCCUAGAGUCGCAGGUCAAAGGUCAACUGAGAACGUGAAUUGCGACUCUAGUCACAUUUGUCCUGAAUCCAACACUUGCUGUAAGGAUGUCGAUGGAGACUGGGCUUGCUGUCCUUUGCCUGAGGCUGUGUGUUGUAGGGAUAGAUUCCACUGCUGUCCACACGGCACCACUUGUGACAUUGUAACACUCACCUGUAAUAGCAACACCACCUCUGUACCCAUGUCAGACAUAAUCCCAGACUCAGAUAAGGAGGAACAGAGACAGCAUGAGGAAGUGAAAGAGGAAGUGGGGAAGUAUAUCAGGGUUCCAUGUGAUGCACAAACUUCCUGUCCAGAACACACCACUUGCUGUCUUAUUGUAAAAACCAACAAAUGGGGCUGUUGCCCUCUGCCUAAUGCUGUAUGUUGCACAGAUGGGGAACACUGUUGUCCGGCUCACUAUAGGUGCGAUGUGAGCCGUGUGUCUUGCAUCAAGGGAGAUGUUGUGAUCCCCUGGUACAAUAAAAUUGCUGCUCAAAGUUCACUAUCUCCAAACUCGGAUCUCGGCACCAAUAAGUGCGAUGAGCAAUCGAGUUGCUCUGCAGAUUCGACCUGUUGCCAUCUAACCACGGGAGAAUGGGGCUGCUGCCCUCUUCCUGAGGCUGUUUGCUGCCAAGACCAGGAGCACUGCUGUCCCAAAGGCUACAAGUGUGACCUGCGUAAACGCUCCUGCAUAAAGACCACUUGGCUGUUUGUGGAAAGAGUCCCACUUGCCCAAAUAGGUGUCCAAAAGCCACAGCCGAGUGUCUCGGAAAAGGACAUUCAGUGUGGUGGUGGAUAUAGUUGCCAAUAUGGUCAGACCUGUUGUCCAACCUCUCAGACCUCCUGGGGCUGUUGCCUGUAUUCUAUGGCGGAGUGCUGUGAUGAUAUGAAACACUGCUGCCCUGCUGGAUACAAAUGUGGCGCGGGGGGAAUUUGUACUCCAGCCGUUGGCUUUGACUGGAACAACUGGGACAACUGGAGAGUGUUCUUCUCCAAAAAGAAACGAGCCUCAACUCUAUAAAAAAACACCUGGGUUAUUUCCACUCAGACACUUCUAAAUGGCCCAAGUGUCAGAUUUUAAUUUUUAAUUGUUUGCAAAGUACUAAUCAGAGGUAAUCCGACAGUUUACUGCAAAAGUUUGAUUUUAUUAGCAGGGGAAAGUUUGAUGAGGACUGACUAUGAUGGUUAAGUUCUGUUUACAUCAGUAAUACCAACUACAUUUUAGCCAUUGAGCCAUUUGUACAUUUUAAGAAUGUGUCAUUAUUGUAGUGUGUACACAGUGUUCAUAAUUUUACAUAAGUUUCCAGUGUUUUGGUUACUGCUCAGUUUAUCUGAAGACUAAUUUGACUAUGGAAUAGUGUAAA